GGGUUUGAGCACAGGCUCCGCCCGCACAGGGCGUGUCUCUCGGGGCGUGGCGCGCCGGGCCGACGCGGGCCGACGUACCGUACGCGCCUCCGCGGCGGUCCGGGGGCUGCCGGCCCCGCCGCCGCCCUCUCGGAGGCGGGCCGGGCAGAAGGCGGGCCGGGCAGACGGCGGCGGCCAUGUUUGUGGCGCGCAGCAUCGCGGCGGACCACAAGGACCUCAUCCACGAUGUGUCUUUCGACUUCCACGGGCGCCGGAUGGCCACCUGCUCCAGCGACCAGAGCGUCAAGGUCUGGGAUAAAAGUGAAAGCGGAGAUUGGCAUUGCACUGCUAGUUGGAAGACACAUAGUGGAUCUGUGUGGCGUGUGACAUGGGCUCAUCCUGAAUUUGGACAAGUUUUGGCUUCCUGUUCUUUUGACCGAACAGCCGCUGUUUGGGAAGAAAUAGUAGGAGAAUCAAAUGAUAAACUUCGAGGACAGAGUCACUGGGUGAAGAGGACAACUCUAGUGGAUAGUAGAACAUCUGUUACUGAUGUGAAAUUUGCUCCCAAACAUAUGGGUCUGAUGUUAGCAACCUGUUCAGCAGAUGGCAUAGUAAGAAUAUAUGAGGCUCCAGAUGUUAUGAAUCUCAGCCAGUGGUCUUUACAGCACGAGAUCUCAUGUAAGCUGAGCUGUAGUUGCAUUUCUUGGAACCCUUCCAGCUCUCGUGCUCACCCCCCCAUGGUCGCCGUGGGAAGCGAUGACAGCAGUCCAAACGCCAUGGCCAAGGUUCAGAUUUUUGAAUACAAUGAAAACACCAGGAAAUAUGCAAAAGCGGAAGCUCUCAUGACUGUCACAGACCCUGUCCAUGAUAUUGCCUUUGCUCCGAAUUUGGGGAGAUCUUUCCAUAUCCUGGCAGUAGCAACCAAAGAUGUAAGAAUUUUCACAUUAAAACCUGUGAGGAAAGAACUUACUUCUUCUGGUGGUCCCACAAAAUUUGAAAUCCAUAUUGUGGCUCAGUUUGAUAAUCAUAAUUCUCAGGUUUGGAGGGUGAGCUGGAAUAUUACAGGAACAGUACUAGCGUCCUCAGGAGAUGACGGCUGUGUGAGGCUGUGGAAAGCUAAUUACAUGGACAAUUGGAAGUGUACUGGUAUUUUGAAAGGUAACGGGAGCCCAGUAAAUGGGAGUUCUCAACUGGGAAACUCAAAUCCUUCACUAAGCUCAAAUAUUCCAAAUCUUCAGAACUCACUAAAUGGAUCUUCUGCUGGCAGAAAGCACAGCUGAGUACAAGCUAGCUGGAGUAGCUUUGCUGUUUGGCUGCUUGUUGCAUGCACACAGGAAUGGAAAUCGAACUCCUUUCCCCUUCCCCAGCGCCGUUUGAUCUCUCCCAAGAUGCACCAGCAGCCUGAUCACUACUAAACACAGUCCGAAAGGCCUUUAAAAUUGCAGUGUAUAUAAUUUUUUGUACAAGUCAGUUUACCGACACUAUAAAUGGAAAGGCUUUUUGUUGAGACAUAAUCACCAAAACAAUUUUUUGAAAUGUUCUUUAGACUAACUUGGGCUUAAAAAAAUGGAAAAGAUUGCUACUAUCCUCAUAAACUAUUGGGAGGAAGGAAAACACAAUAUUAUUCCAUUUGGAAAAUAUAGGGAUAUGUCUUUUAUUUUCUAAAACAAUAAGCUAAAAUGAUGAGUUUUUAUAAUUUUAAUUUGAAAAUUGAAUAAAUAUUUUUCAUAAAGAUUGUUUUGAGUGCUAAUUUGUUUACCUUUUGUAGAAUUGCUUUAUAGGUGAUAUUAUCUACACAACUGGUUUUUCUUGUAAUUAAAAAUACUAGUAAAGGAGCAGAUAAUUAACGUAGCACCAGAGUUCAGAUAAAAUGGUUUGUAGCUAAACAUCAAAUUAGCAUUUGCUGCAGUUUUUUUUGGUAGUAAAAUAGUGGAAGCACUUUUAAAUUUUCAUCCCGUCCUCAGUAAAGAGAUGGCUGUUUCUAUGUCGUGCAUGGAUGCUGACGGUGUGCUUCUAUACAACUUGGUUUCCUUUUAGACAAUUUGGAAACAGAAGAAGAGUUGACAUUUUGCUGAAAAUUUGCAUGCAGUUGAAAUUCCAUGUCUCAGGAUUUUUAAUGUGUUGUUUCAAUGAAUUCCUGUCUGCUAAAACUCUUGACUUUGACAAAGUUAUGCACCUUUUUAUUUACUAAAUUGCAUACAUAUUACGGGUAAGUUAUAAGAUGGAAGAAUAACAGACUAUAAUUCUUUGAACCUUUUUAGACACCAAAAUCUGUAGCGAUUGUCAGUUUUUUUUUUUGCAGGAAACCAAAACUGUUCAAUGGUUAUAUUUUUCAAAAGCAUGUUGCAGUAGCCAGCUUUCCAGUGUGAGAGCGUGUUUGGGUUUGUUCUCAGUAUCAUGUGUGCACUGAACAGUUGUGCCUGAUGCUGCAGCAAAUGCAGCUGUGCUCAUUCGUAAAUUACGAAAUCAAAUGAGAGAUUAGAUAAGGCUUUAAAAUUUAUAAAAUUAAUGUCUCUGUAACAUAUGUACUGAUAAUUUUUUUGGCAUUUUAACUUUAACAGAUUUUUUUCUCCCAAAUUUUUAUACUUGCUUAAGCAACCUUGAUUUAAGUGAGAGUCUUGAUUUAUACUAUUAUGUUCCAUUGGUUUUGGCAUGAAUAUACAAGCUUUUUUUCCUUUUUUUUUCUUUCCAGCAUGUUUUCUCUUCUUUGGUUCUCUUUGUAUUUACUGCUUUUCUCUUUUUCUUCUGUUUUCCCCUCCCUCCUUCCCCCUGUUGUUUUUGUUUUGGUGUUUUGUUCCUGUCUUCAUUAUUUCAGGUAUUUCUUUCCCCCUCUGGAUUCCCCACGGGCUGGAUCAAGAUGGUCCAGUUGUGCCCAGCUCCUUCCUCCUCCUGCUCCUCUGGUAGAGCACUCUUGCGAUGCCGACACUGCCAACCUCCAGUAUCCUCACCCUCGCCGA